CAGUCUUCGUCUCUCAACCAACGCAAAAAGCUUUCCGGUCGCUGAAAUUCCCGUUAAAAACCCUAAAAUACCCUCGCGCACCAUUCAAAUUUCCCACUCGCACCACCGGACCCAAAUGGCUUGAGACCAUCAUGGACUCGGCGGUCCAGACCUUCCCGCCAGCAUCCGACCUCCCGCCCUCGGUCAUCUCCUUCCUCGACGACAAGUUUCGGACCAAUGAAAAUCUGAGCGGGGCUCCGACUCUCCUGUCGGAGCUCCAAGCCAAGUGCGGCGACCUGGAUCGAACCCUAAUCGACCUGAAUCGGAGCCUCGGAUCCUCGCUUCUAACUUACGCUUCGUUCUCCGAUCGAGUCCACGGCCUCUUAGGCGGCAUCAAUGCCCAAUUGACGGGUCUCGUAUCCUCCACCAGCUCUCGCACUUCAGAUGGAGAAGGAAAGGAGAGGGCGGAGCAGAUAUUGGGGGAGGAGCUACCGGCGUUGGCCAAGGAAGUGGCGAGAGUCGAGUCGGUUCGAACAUACGUAGAGACUGCAUUGAAGCUUCAAACUAUGAUUGGUGAUAUUGAAGAUGCUGUAUCUUCUACCAUGAAGAAAAACUCGUGGAAACAUUCAGCAAGACAGAAUUCAGAAGAAAUGCGUGUGGGUGCUAUUAAAACUCUUAAGUUGAUAGAAGAUGUUUUAACUGCAGUUACAAAGACACACCCUCAACGGGCACAUCUUGUGUCAGCAGUUGAUCACAGAGUAGAUCGAGCUCUGGCUAUUUUAAGACCUCAUGCUAUAGCAGAUCACCGGGCCCUGCUUACUUCCCUUGGAUGGCCACCACCUCUUGCCACUUUGAGUUCCUCAACUCCAGAUACAGGGAGAUCAACUGAAGUUCUGAAUCCUCUUUUCACGAUGCAAGGAGACCUCAAAGACCAGUACUGUGAAAACUUUUUAGCCUUGUGCGGCCUCCAGGAGUUGCAGAGACGAAGAAAAUCGCGUCAACUAGAGGGCUAUAAUCGUGAACUUGCUCUUCACCAACCACUUUGGGUGAUUGAAGAGCUUGUAAAUCCUAUAUCAUUAGCAUCGCAACGCCAUUUCAAAAAAUGGGUUGACAAGCCAGAAUUCAUAUUUGCUCUAGUCUACAAGACCACCAGGGAUUAUGUUGACUCUAUGGAUGAAUUAUUGCAACCACUGGUUGAUGAAGCAAUGUUAACAGGGUACAGUUGCAGAGAAGAAUGGAUUUCAGCAAUGGUAUCAUCCUUAUCAACUUACUUAGCAAAAGAGAUAUUCCCAAAAUAUGCUGGACAACCAGAUGAAGAUAGCAUAAUAGGUACUCAGUCACAGGCUAGAAUAUCCUGGCUGCAUCUUAUUGACUUGAUGAUAUCUUUUGAUAAACGAAUCAAGUCUCUGAUAGAAAAUUCUGGAAUCUUGCUUUCACUUCAGGAUGAUGGGAACUUCUUAAAGGUUUCUUCUCUAUCCAUUUUCAGUGAUCGACCAGAUUGGCUUGAUUUAUGGGCAGAGAUAGAAUUAAAUGAUAUACUAGAGAAGUUGAAACUUGAUACUGGUGAUGAGAGAAACUGGACCAUGAAAGUCCAAGGAGCGGCUCUUUUAUCUGAUACUGAAGAUCACAAAGCUCCUGCAAUUUGUAGUGCCUAUCUUCGGUGUUUAUCAUCUGUGGUUGAUCGUUGUCGUUCAUUGCCUAGCAUCUCUAUGAGGUCUCGGUUUCUGAGAUUAGCCGGGGUACCUAUUAUACAAAAUUUUUUGGAGUGCUUACUUAUCAGAUGCCAAGAAGCUGAAGGUCUGACUGCCUUGACCGAUGAUGAUGGCCUAGUUAAAGUUGCAAACUCCAUUAAUGCCACUCGCUACUUUGAAUCUGUUUUAAGGGAAUGGUGUGAGGACGUCUUCUUCCUUGAGAUAUGGUCAGGUCAAAGUGAUCAACCGGGAGAAUCCACUGAUGAUCAAAGUGGUAAUGUCGAGACAGAGGAAGGUCUUGAAAGUGGUAUUUUUCAUGAGAAGAUUGUAAAGUUGGAGAAGUUUAGAAUAGAGUGGGCUGAAAAGUUGUCUGUUGUUAUAUUGAGGGGAUUUGUUGCUCAAUGUCGAGAUUAUACGAAGAACAGGAGGCAGUGGCAAGAAAAGAGUGAGGACGGUUGGACAGUGUCCAGAUUUUUAGUUGGUGCUCUAGAUUAUUUGCAAUGUAAGAUAUCAGUUGUAGAGGCUGAUUUGAAUGGGAUAGACUUUGUCGGGGUGUGGAGAAGUUUGGCAGCUGGGAUUGAUAGAUUGUUUUUCAGCAGUAUUCUAAUGAGCAAUGUUAAGUUUUAUGAUAGCGGAGUUGAGAGGUUUGGUAGUGAUUUGGAGGUUUUAUUUGGGGCAUUUCGGGCUUGGUGUUUGAGGCCGGAGGGCUUUUUCCCCAAAGUAAGUGAAGGCUUGAAGCUGUUAAAGAUGGAAGAAGAAAAACUUCAAAGUAGUUUGGCAAGAGGGGAGAAAUGGAUGAAGGAGAAUGGGAUUAGACAUUUGAGUGAAACAGAGGUAGAAAAGAUUGUGAAGAGUAGAGUUUUUACGAGUUGAGGGCUCCCGAGUGUUUCGUGUUGUACAUGACUUAGGAACCCUUGGACUGACCCAUUCAUUUUUCAUAAAACCGAACACAGUAAAGAGAAAAAGGUACGCCAUUUAUUUUCGGAAAAAAGGUGCGUUUGAUUAUUGUUAAUUCAAUCAAAUUUUUUUUUUCUGAAAAAUUGCUCAAGAAUUUUCAUAUCGAUCCUCUCAAAAUUCAUAUAAGAUUGUGAAUGAUGAUUGUUGGUUAUGCCACAUCUGCUUGAAUCUUGUAUACGAGUUUGAGAACUCGCGGCGGGAAUGGAAACGAUCGGAAAUCUUCUGCAAAUAGAAAUUGUUACUGAUGAUUGCAUGAUGUGUUGGAGAAGGUUUUUUCUUUCGUUCUCUAAGUUCAUGAAGAUUUCAAGUUGAAAUGUUUUCAGAAUGGCUUUCGCUGCGUAUAGUAGUGAAUUGAAAUGUCAUAUUCUCAUGCAAUUUCAUCACAACAAUGUUUUCAGAGUGGUUUUUUUUUCUUUAUUUUUUGGGAUAGUUUCUGCCGUGGAAUUGGAGGAUAUCUUGUCUCUUUUUUUCUUGGCGCCAUUCAUGCCGGUGUUCGUUUGGACAUUCGGAGGGUCUACCUCGGGUGUCUUGUCAAUUUAACUGCCACUCAACGACAGAGAGUAGGACGUUGUUGUUGUUAGUGGCUACUUGACAUAAUAUGGAGUGUAGCAAUGCUUAUGGGUGCAGAGGGAAGGCCGUUGGCAUCUUCCAUGGCACUGAAAAAGAUGGACAUUCGGCCUUGAUCCUACCCUGUUCCCUAACCUAGAAGCUACUAACCUAAAACGAAAAACGGAAAUUUAUUGUUUUGUACGACGUACUAAUUUAGAGUACAAUUAAUAAAUAUUGAUAUUUUGUUGA